AUGGAAAAGGUUUUAGAAUAUUUGGAGCCAAAAACUUUCAACAAAGUUCACUAUGUGGCAGUGGGUUUUUGGAUCCUCAUCAGUAUUAUAUUCUUCGCCAUAUUUGUUGACAUGGAAAACAGCGAGUCCAGGUUUGAUUUCCGCUGUGGCGGAGCGAAGAGUGAAAACGUCGACGUCGUCCGUGGAGAAUGUUACGAGAAAUAUAUGAAGCAAUACAACAAAUUUGGUUUUCCUAUGUUUGGUUUCGUGAUCAUCAAUUUUGUCUUUCUUGCACUUGUAUGUGCUAUUUACUCCCAAAUAGUGAGAUCCAAAGUCGAUCAACUGUCGCGAGGCAACCGCAACGGUGAUCAAGAGAGACAGCUGCGCGACCAAGACACUGCGUCAUCCACUGGAAACAAGCUUUUUAUCGCUUACUGCUGUCAACUAUCGAUAAGAAUUGUUUUAGGAGUUAUUUUCAUCAUCUUACAAACACAGUUGUUUUAUCCUUUGAAGUUUUCCUCUAAGUUUAACUGUUAUUUAACCGAUGGAACCACUCAGCCAAGGAAUUCAUCUGACAACGCCCAAAACUCUACUUUACACUACUGUCACAAUCAACGAGCGGAAAAGAAAACAUUCUGGAUGUACGCUGUCCUUACGGUGAAUGGAAUUCUUGUCGCUGGCAUUCUGGUUGAAACCGUCUACCUUUUAUCACGGGCAUGCAUUGAAAGGAGUUUCAUGCAAGACUCAAAGUUUCUAAAAACCCAUCUAAGUCUCAACCAACUCCUAGAUGGACGAAAGUUUCAAGAAUUCAUCGAACGCACAAAGGAAAUAAUUGUUCAAGAGACCGAAGGACUUUUAGAACUCCAAUCACCUUUUGUAGGUAAUCCAGGCGACCACUCAACAGCUAAAAAUUUGACUCUCGAUCAGAUUUACACAAACCUUGUGGUAAUUCAGGACAGAGAAACGCAUGACUUUACUGAAAACCGAGAGGAGCAACUCAAAGUUUAUCCAAGGUCGCGCAACGAAAACUCACAACCGAAAAGCAUGCAAGACCUUCUGGAUGUUGAAAGUAAGAAAGUUUUAAUCGUCGGUCGACCCGGAAUCGGAAAGACACUAUGUUGUAUCAAACUUCUCAGAGACUGGGCAUUGAAUAAAGAUUUCAAAGCGACAUCAGGUGCCCAAGUCCAUUUUAAUGCUGCUUUCUUCGUAAAAUUCAGAGGACUCGACUCGGCCAAAAACCUUAGCCUCAAAGAUCUGUUGAUUCAGUCCGAAUAUUUCCCUACAGGUUACAUGGAUGACAAGGUCUGGAAUCACCUCCAAAAGAACCCUGAAGGUGUUCUCAUGCUUUUUGACGGAUUCGACGAAUUCGAACAUGACGAAAAGAAAACCAAGGCGUCUACUUAUCCCAAAGGCAUUGAAGAUGAAAAGCCGCUCCAAAUUCUUUAUCAAUGGCUUAUGACCGGGAAACUUCUUAAAGAUGCUUCAAUUGUAACGACUACGAGACCUACAGCUUUGUCUGGCAUCGCACAUCUGAAGUUCGACAAAAGCUUUGAAAUCCUUGGCUUCUCAACCGAGCAAAUUAAAGAGUAUAUCGACAAAUUCGCCGGAGAUGACAAGCAAGCAGGCGAAACGCUAUGGCGACACAUCAGCAGCAACAUGAACUUACUUUCGCUCUGUUAUGUCCCUGUGAACAGCUUCAUCAUGUGCUCAAGUCUGUCAGAAAUAAUGCGGUUCGAAUGUUCCGAUAGUGUUACCCUGCCGUCCAAAUUAACCACGAUAUACAAGAUUGCGGUUAAAGUGUUUUAUUUCAAACACACGAAAGAAUUCCGCGAUCAACAUUUCACCCGCGAAAACUAUCUGUCAGAUAAUUUGCCUUUGGCGGUGGAGGAGAAAUUCAAGAAACUAGGAAGAGUGGCCUUUGAAGGAAUCAAAGAAGGAAAACUGAUCCUUGGAGGAAACGAAGUACAAGGAUUGGAAGACAGCGCUCUUUUUCACCGCUUACCCGACCGUCGUGCCGCGUUAAAAGAUGAGAAGGAAUUCUGUUUCAUUCACCUAACAAUGCAAGAGUUUUUCGCUGCGAGGCACUUGGCGAGCGACUGGAGUGAAACAGAAUUAAGAAACUUUGUUUCCAAGAACAUUAAGAACGGCAAAUGGCAGCUAGUUUUUCAGUUUCUAGCAGGACUUAUGGAGGAUAAAGUUCACCUACCAAUUGAAAUUAUCACGGACCUUCUUCCUGUGAAAACUGAAGAAAGAGAAAGCGCAGACUACAACGAACAGUGGACUGAGAAUGAAGAGCAAAGGAAAGUAACCUGCUGGCCGACUGAAGACGAACGAGAAUUAGCAGUAACAUUAAUUAAAUGUUUAAACGAAAAUAGCAGAAUGAACUUAGAAGCACAGAGAAAACUUCAACAAAUGAACUUUAAUUGUGUAAAUUUUAUUCGUUGUCACCUCACAGCUGUUGAUUGCUCUUCGUUAGUAAAUGUAAUUAGUGUUCAACAAAUUUCACAUUUAGAUUUGAGUGAAAAUAACAUUGGUCCAUUAGGUUGUCUUGAGAUUGGUAAACUGUUAAAAUGUAGUGAAUCUCAACUGAGCUGGUUAAACCUCACAAAUAAUCAGUUGUUAGAUGAAGGAGCAAAGUAUUUAGCUGACGCCAUCAACAACAACAACUGUCAGCUACGCACGUUAAACCUCUCACAAAAUAACAUCUCACACAUUGGAGCACAGCACUUGGCUGAAGCCAUCAACAACAACAACUGUCAGCUACACACGUUAAACCUCUCAAGAAAUAACAUCUCACACAUUGGAGCACAGCACUUGGCUGACGCCAUCAACAACAACAACUGUCAGCUACACACGUUAAACCUCUCACACAAUAACAUCUCACACAUUGGAGCACAGCACUUGGCUGAAGCCAUCAACAACAACAACUGUCAGCUACGCACGUUAAACCUCACAGCAAAUAACAUCUCAGACAUUGGAGCACAGCACUUGGCUGACGCCAUCAACAACAACAACUGUCAGCUACGCACGUUAAACCUCUCAGACAAUAACAUCUCACACAUUGGAGCACAGUACUUGGCUGAAGCCAUCAACAACAACAACUGUCAGCUACGCACGUUAAACCUCUCAAGAAAUAACAUCUCACACAUUGGAGCACAGCACUUGGCUGACGCCAUCAACAACAACAACUGUCAGCUACGC